AUGGCGAGCCACCGCCACCCUCGCCGUUCGAGUGGGAGGCCGCGGCUCAUCGAGGAGGAGGUCCGCCGCGAGCUCGCCCGCUUCCAUGGCGGUUUCGGCGCCGUCCCGUUCGUCGGGCCCGACGGCCCCACCAUCGUGCCGCCACCACCCCCAGGCCCGUUCUUCAUGCCCGAUGGCCCAUUCAUGCCGCCAAUGCCGCUGCCCCAGAUGCCGGUGGGCAUGCAUCCAAACUGCCCGCCACCGGCUUUGUUCGGGUCGUGGGAGGGGUUCGGCCCUCGGCGGCUCCCAGGAUUUGGGCAACCGAUGCUCCCCAAUGAGGCGAGAACGAGGCCCCUGCCGCCUCCGAAGCCGAGGCAUCAGCUCCAGCUGCGCGAGAUCGCGCCCAGCGAGAGCUCUGAGGUUCUUUCAUCAGAAAUGAAGGUUUCUGGUGUGAAGAGGAAGGCAGAUGCGAGUUCUGCAACUACUAAACCAACAAAACUACAAACUGCUGCCAGGGACUGGAGCUGUGCACUCUGUCAAGUGAGCGCAACCAGUGAGGCUGGUCUGAAUCAGCAUCUUGAAGGGAAAAAGCACAAGGCAAAGCUGGUUCAAUGUGGAGCGAUCAAGGUGAACGAUACUAAUAAAAGUGGUUUGCAAGUAACUACUGGGAACAACAAUGGUGCAGGCCCAAAUGAUGCACCUAAGAAAAUCCACAUCCUGGUCGAUGGAGAGAUGCAUCAGGUUGUUGAAAAAAGCAACUAUGUAUGGUGUGAGCGCUGCAGGGUCAGUUGUACCAACGCCGCUGCCAUGGCUGACCAUCUGCGGGGCAAGAAGCACAGUUUAUUGAAUAAAGUUUGGACGUCAAUAAAAGCUGUGAGAAUGAACAAGGAAGUUAAGGAAGAUUCAGCUGCUACAUGUGAGACUGAGAGAAAGGUAACUGAAAACGGCUCUACCGGAAUUCCAGAGGAACAUAAGGAGGAAGACACAUACAUGACCAGUGAAUUGAGUGGAGAUGGUUCUUUCGAAAUUCCUAUGGAAAUGAAGGAAACCACUGACAUGGCCGAAGAAGUAGAUGCAAAUAGUCACAAUGUAAUUCCUGUGGAAAUCAAGAAGGAAGACACUGACACUGCUAGCGAAGUUAACGGAAAUUGUGCUGGGGGAACCAAGCAGGAAGGCACUGACGUGGACGCGGUCAUGGAUUCGGAGAAGCACACGGAGUCCUUCCAGGUUGUCGCUAUACAUUGUGUAUGA